AUGGCUACUAUGAUGAAGGAAAAACGAAAAGAUAAAAAGAAAUCAAAAGAUAAAUCAUCAAGAAAGGAGAGGAACCAAGAAUUAGAAAAUGACUGUGAAUUGAAAUUUAAAGUUGAACCUGAAGCUUCUUCAUCAAAUCUUAAAAUACAUAGUAUAAAACAAGAUUCCACUGUUAAUCUUUCUGGAAAUAAUUAUGUAUCUAAUACAAAGAAAAACCAAAUUGAUGCUAAGAAUACAUUUCAUGAGGAAGAGGUAAAGGACCAGAUGGAUAAGCAAGCUCCAUGUACUUUUGAAGAAAUACCAGGUAAAACAAAAGAUAUAAAUGAGCAACAUGAGAGGGGUGAAUCUGCAAUUAUUGAUGCCAGUCCUAAAUAUGGUGACAGUCACAUUGAAACAAGUGAUGGUGAGGUUGAUGAAGCAUUGUCAAUUAAGGAAGAAGAAAGUGUCAUACCUUCUGCUCCUGCCUUUGAAGAGGAGAGAAUAACAUUUGUCACUCCACAAGUCCCUGUUGAACCUGACAUUGCCAUUAAAGAAGUUAAGUCAAAGGAUCAAUGUAUGUCUUUGGAAGAGGCUGUAAGCCUUUUUGGAGGGACAGAGAUAUCUGAAAUAAGAACUAUUAGCGAGAAAGAAGAGGCUAUUGUGGAAGCUGGUCCUAUUAGUGGUCCUGAACAUCCUUUGGUUGAUUUGCUGUCAACUUUCAGGUCUUCUUUAAAUGCUAUGGAACGUGCUAGGAUAACUAUUAGCAACGGAAUUAUUGAAGAGGAGAAAUUCAGACACUCUUUGUGGAAAGUGGAAAAGCGCCGAGUCUGCAUAUCGGAGAAGUGUCCAUGUGGUAGCACAGUGACGCUGCAAGCAAGUUACGAGCACGCCGAACUACAAAAAGAGAAAAUACCCGCCGCGCGCAUGCGACUAGAGUCUUUAUCACGAGAGGUGCAAGAUUCAUAUUGCCACCAUCAACAUUCGGCGCUUUUGGCAUAUUGUCAGAUCGAAGAGUUAGUGUACCAAACAACGCGAAGCGGCAAGGGUGAGAUUCGCGAGGCCCUGUCGCUGGUGCUUCAAGCGCUUCGGCUUAGCGACGGCGCCUCGGAGGCCUACUCGGGAGCGCUGCAGCGCUGGGCGGUAGCGCUCUCCGCUGCAUUGCUCGAUGGCCGCGAUUUGAGACAGCUCGUAUUCCUAAUUCAACACCUAUUCAGACAAACCCGCUCCGUACGGUGGGCGUCGCGGGUUAUCCGAGUCCAGGUGACGGAUCUGAGCUCCGCGGCGAGGGUCAUCGCUCUCCUCGAGCUGAUGGUAGCCAGGCCGGGGCUGGAGACGGCGGUGGAGUGCACCGAGGAGCUGGAGGACGUGUGGGAGGAGGUGGGGAGUCGAGGGGAGGGGUGCGCGGUGAGCGAGGGGCGGCUGCGGGAGAGAGAUGCCCUGGCACUGCUCAGGGCUCUGCCGUUAAGGCAGCUGUUGGCCAAGCUAGCACUCUUCGCCAGAUCAGACGUGGGUAGUACGCGCGAGGGCGAGUGGGGGGAGGUGCGCGGGGGCCGCGGGGUGGUGGGGGCGGCGUGCGGGGUGCGCGCGCUGCUAUCCGUGGCGCAGAGGGCGCUGCACUCGCACCCCCACUACUCGCGCUUGAAACGCUCACUCCGCGAGUUGUGCUCGCGCGCGCUGCACGCGCUCGCCGCGCUCCACAUGCAGUCCAGGGCCUGCUAUCAUCCAGAUGUGGAGGGAAAGGUUGCGGCUGAGUUGGAGGCUUGCUUCUGGGCCGGUCUGGCGCUAUCGGACGCGUCGGAACUGCAUCAGCUGCCGACGACCAUCCUCAGCGAAGACUCCGCUAAGGAAUACUGCACCGGUCUCAUGGAGGGAAUGCAUGCUGGCAACACCGAGGCGCGAUGCGACGUGCGCGUGCGCGCUCUAGUGCGCGCCGCCCAAGAGCGCGCGCACGAUCGACAACUGGCGCGUGCCCUACUCCACUUCCUGUGCCAGACCGCUGUCAAACGUAAGCCGGCGUCCUGCAAGCAUCCUUGCGAGAUGGCGGCCCGCGAGGGUCUGCCACGGCUGCUAUCAACGCAUCCAUAUCUCCACGCCACCAGCUUGCAUAUGCUCGCUGAUUUUAACCAAGAGGAGCAGGUAGACUCCGUGGACGUGGGCUACCUCUCGGUGCGUGAGUGGCGCCCUGGGCCAGGAGAGGUGGUCUCCGUGCUGCAGGAUUGGUGGCAGCGCUGCAGCCACCUGGUGCAACAUCUGCUCCUGCAGAUGGACUAUACGCCGCAUCAGGGUGUGUGUCUGGACGCGCAACUGGCGGUGGGGGCGUGGCUGUGCGGGACUGCGGGCGGCGGGGGCGAAGCGCCCGAGUGGGCGUGGCGGGUGGUGCGGGCGCUGCGCGUGCACCGCUCGCUGUGGGCGCUGCCGCUGGAGGCGCCGCCGCCGGAGCCCGAGCCGGCGGGGCUGCUGCACGACGCCUUCGCCCUGAUGGCCACCAGCUGGGGCCACUCCGUACCACUGAUCUGCACGGAGGGCGUGCGCGCCCUACUGCGCGUGGCGCGCGCGCGUCCGCCGGAGGGCGCCCUCUGCCUGCGCGCGCUCAUGCGCGUCAUGCGCCAAUCGCCCGAGUCGGUGGCCCUCACGCAGGGGUUCACGGAGGUGCUGAAUGUAUUGCUGGGCGCGGGUCCAUCGCUGGUGGCGCGCGCAAUGGGCCGUGGAGGGCCGUCGGGCUUCGAGAUAUUGCAGCAGACCAUCCUGGAGGAAAUCUACAAUUCACAGCCGCACAGCCCGGGAGUGAUGGGCUCGUGGCUGCGUGGGCUGUGGGCGCCCACGUUGCCCAGCGCUGGGCGCGCCCUGCUGGACAUCGCGAUGCGCGCCGCUAGGGACUGGCCCGCCCUGGACGCCGCAGUCGCCGCCAUACUGCAGGGCGAGGGGGGCGGCGAGGUGGCGGGGCGGGCGGUGCGCGAGUGCGGCGCGGCGCCGCUAGUGUGCGAGGCGGCGCUGCGGGGGGCGCACGCGCGCGCGGAGUCGGCCGCCACGUGGCCGCGGCUGCUCGACGCGCUCGCUCAACAGCGGGCCGCCUCGCAGCGCGCGCACGUCGACAACGCGUUGCGGCAAAUUGGUAUAUCCAUGAGCGCCGAGGAGUUGGUGAUAUACCGUGUCGCGAACGCCGUCCUGGCUGCACCGUUCCAGCAUCCCGCUCAUCUCACGCUGUGGAGGCUGUUCUUCCAUCUCUACCUGCAGAGGCCGCCGUCGAGCCCUCAGGAAUCAACUCCGCCCGUCGGGCCGAUGUUCUUCAGCGGCAUAAUAAAGUCGAGAACGCUCGGUCAGCUCAAGAGGCGGGUCCAGGACACCCUGGCCUUCCACCGCGCCCAAGCGGAACUGCUCAAGCCGCAGGUGGAUACCGUCCAGAGCGUCGCAGCGCCAUCUAGCAGUAGCGCCAAAGACAAACCGACAGUCGGCAGUCAGCUGUUUCCGGCGAUCUCGAUAAAAGAUCUAACCGGUGAAACGAGUCUCAGCGAGUCAGAUACUGACUCCUCGGACAGGGAGGAAGAAGUAGCGGAGGAGAAGGAGAGUGUAAGAGACGCCGCGGCCGGCUCAAGGGAGACGUUCCACCUGUUCUUUUACCACGUGGCGGCGGAAAAACUGGUUCGCGAGUAUAGCCGUUGGCUAGAGGAAGGGGACGGAGUGCGCGCGGCCCCCCACCACGCGGACAUAGCGAGGUUCAUAUCCGAACAGGGUCUCGACGCAGCUUGGCGCAAUUCCCUGCCGAGUGAGUUCCGGGAGACUUCGCCCCCGCAGCCCCGGACUCCGCCGAAGCCGCCCCCCACAUAUCUGCAACUGGCCAUCGACAGCAUACUUAGCGUCAAGGAUCGCUCAUCGACCAGACCCCGCAUGCCGCUUCUCAAGCCGCCUUUGGAGGACCAGAACAAUUUGGGAGACGCGCGAGUCAUUUUCAACCUCGUCGACAAGUACUUGAGGGACAUCGAAGCGCUUGCUAAGGAGUGGGCGGACGAGGCGGGGCGCGUGGCGCAGCUGGACGGGGCGCUGUGGGGGCUGGUGGGCAGGUUGCGGGCGCGGCGCCCCCUGCCGCCCUGCGCCAAGGGCUGCGAGAACCGUUGCAGGCCGCUCAAGUUCAUCAUACAGAAAGACGAGUGGGUGAUAUCGACGGGUGCCGAGCAAGGGAUCCUGGAAAAUAGGCGCGCCGCUGCGGGCUUGCUCCGUCGGCUGUCCCGGCCUCGGAUAGGGGCCGCUCGCGCCGCUGCUGCCCUGCAGACCCUGGCCAGGCACGUGCGCAGCGGCGAGACGGCGCGGCGCGUGGCGGAGCGCGCGGGGCGGAGCGCCGCCCUGGCCGGGGACUGCGCCCCCGCCCUCCAGGCCGUCAGCGCCCUCGUCGAACACCUCGCCGAGCGAUGGCUGUGCGCGGACGCGUCUGCGUGCGGCGCCCUGGUGUCCUCGUGGGGCGGCGGGGGCGAAGGCCUGCGGCGGCUAUGCUCGGCCCUGGUGGCGCCGCGCCGCCUGCCGCCCCCGGCCUUCGCCCUCCUCUACGGGGCCCUGCUGGCCGCGCCGCUGCCCCCGCACGCCGCCUUCAGCUACCUGUCCAGGUUUGAAAUGAACUCGUGGGCGGAUAAGGUGGACUUUGCCCAGAGGGAGAGGAUGCUGGAAAUGCUGGUGCAAGCGGCGCAGCGCUGGGGGCCCUACCCCGACCCCGAGAAUAAUGUCUUGCUGGAGCUGAUAGGAGUGCACGUGGGCGCGGUUUGUGGCGGUGGGGCUGGUGGUGCCGGUGGGGCUGGUGGGCUGUGCCUUCUGGUGGUGCUCAGCGCCAGGGCCAGCGCGCGAGUCUCUCUGCCGGCCGCCUUCUGCGCGCACGUGGCGCACGUUGCCCACGCCCACGCGCACUCACUCGACUCCAACCAGCUAGGUGGCCUAUUGAGAGAGCUGGGCGCCAUCUGGCGGGAGGCUCGGGAAAACAUCGGUGGCCUCCUGAGAGAGCUGGGCGCCAUCUGGUGGGAGGCUCGCGCGAAUAUCGGUUCGGACGCGCAGUGCUACGAGCCGUACGCGACUCACACUGCGGACCUGCUGCGAGCGCUGCAGGAUGCGUUCGUGGCCGCCGCGAACACUCUGGGGCACAACACAGAGCAGCUCUCGUGGUUCGCGUGGUCGGCGCUGCGCGAGGCGUGGGCGCCGUGGGUGCAGCCCGGCCACGACGCCCCCCUGCUGCCCACCACCACGGGCUCCGAGGCCUACAGCCUGAUGCUGCACCGCUUCCUCGAAGCCAUACAGGCGACGAUGGACCGCUGCCCGGGUGGGGAGGAAUACAUCCUCAAGUACGUUUGGGAGUGGGCGGUGCACACUUACCUAGCGGCGGGCAGGGCCGCGUCUCAGGAGGGCCGAGUGCAGCUGUCGGCGCUCCUGGGCUCGCUGGCAGCCCUGAGGUGGGCCGAGAGCCCCUGGGUUCGCGCCAGCUGCCUGCCCCUGGCCCUGCAGGUGGCAGGGAGCGCGGACAAGGAGAUAACGAGCUGGUGCAGCGCCACCUGGCGGCGGGUGGCGGCCGCCUGCUGGCUGCGGGGGAUCCCCGAUGACCAGACGGCGCCGCACUUGGCCGCGCUGCUGUCGCUCUUCUGCUCGCCGCACCUGCAGCUCUCCUCGCAGACCCUAGAGGAAGCGACUCAAUUGCCCUGGUGGCGACUGCCGGAAGCCGCGUUGGACGCCGCCCUGGAACAGUUCUUCGUGGACCAUCACAACCCCAGUGUUCCCUACCACGAAGCUCCCCAGUUUAGGGUGCUGAUAUCCGCAAGCCAGCUGUCGGUGGGGGGCUGCGGUGGGGGUGGUGGUGGGGGUGGGGCGCGGGCGAAGCGUGCCCGCAGCGUGUCGCAGUGCGUGCGGGCGGCCGCAGCGCCACAGCUGCUGGCGCACGUGGCCAAACACGCCGCGCAUACGCUGCGGACUAUAGCCGAUUUGGCACCCCAUAUAGAAAGCUCGGAGGGGGAAUUAGAAGAGCUACUGAGCAGGGCAAUGGUCAUCAUGUGCUUCGAGCCGGCGGCGGGCGUGGCAUUGCCUGUGUGGCAGGAGUGGGUCGGCGGCUGCCACGCGCGGUUGCGUCUCGCAUGCGCGUCAGCAAUCUCCUCCCUGACCGCCCUGGACUACUUUUCGCCCCUCGCUGAGGCGACGGCGCGGGCGCAGUUGGCGCGCCCAGAGGACGGCGGGUGGGGGCCGUUGCGUGCGCGAUGGGCCGCGUGCGUGUGGGACGCGGACGCAGCGUGCGCAGCGUGCGCAGCGCGCCGCUUCUGGCACGCAGCGUACGCGCUGCUGCCUGCACUUACUGCGGACGCUGCGCAAUCUGCGGACGCUGCACACGCUGCGGACGCUGCGCAAUCUGCGAGUGCAGCGCACGUGGCAGUGCUGCGCGCUCUCGCCGCGCACGACCUUACUGCAGACGACGACGAGCCCGUCGUGGCGGUGUGGGUGUGCGUGGCGAGUCGGCUGGCGUGCACGGGCAUCGAAGCCGGCGCCGCUAAGGAGGCGGGGCGCUCGCUGCUGGGCCGCUGGGCCGCAGAGCCCCGCCGCUCCCUCCUGCAGGUGGUCGGCAUACAGCAGCACCACGCCGCUAGAAUCCGUGUACUGUGCCGGCUCGCGCAGUGCGUCCUAAAGCCGACGGCCGAUGGCCCAGCGCGGGCCUACGAGUCCGCUUGCGCGGCGGUCUUCGGUUCGGACCCGGAUGAUGUGACGUCAUGGGGCGGGGUGCCAAGCGCGAGUCUGCUUCCGCGUCUCGCCGUCAAACUGUUCCCGGGCAAAGAGGCGUACUUCGAGGAAGAGAUGAAAGUGUACGGGAAGCCA